AGGUCUACGGUUAAUUAAUCUGUAACCUCACUUGGCUCGACUGCUCAGUGUCUCGCAGGAUAGAGCCUCUGCCAAAAUACUGGAAUUUCACUGCCCGGCCAAGAUCUCUCUCUCACUCUCUAAACUAUUGGGUGGUUAAGAAUGGAGAAGACAGGAGAAAAUGAUCUUGCAUCAGGAACUUUCACAUGGAAAAUCAAUGAAUUCUCUACGUUGAUUAACAAGUGUUACUCUGACGUUUUUGUUAUUGGCGGUUUCAAAUGGCGGGUUUCUCUAUUUCCAAAGGGGAACAAAGCCGAGAAUUCCAUAUCCAUAUUUUUGGAUGUUGCAGAUGCCUUAACAUUGCCGUCUGGGUGGACUAGAUAUGCCGGAUUCAGUUUCACCUUGGUUAAUCAACUUGAUAGAAAAUCGUCCAAAACAGAAGACACCGAGCAUGUGUUCAACGCAAAGGAGAAUGACUGGGGAUUCACGACAUUCAUGCCUUUAAGUGAGAUCCAUGACCUUACUGAAAGCUAUCUUGUGAAUGAUAUUUGUAUUGUUGAAGCCAAGGUUUCCGUCCGUAAGGGUGAUAUUAAAAUCUUAGACAAUGAAACUGGCGAGCUUAUGGAUUUUAGGGGUUUAGGGAAAAUAGAGUUGGCUUUUCUUCCACUGCUGGAGGAAGUCUGUUUGUUGCAUCCUUCGUUAAUCAAGUCCCAACAGAAGAGAAGUCGUACAUUUGUCGAAUGUGCAUUCACAACAUUGGGCCGACUCCUUCAUUUCUUGAAGACUACAAAGGUGAAGGAUUUGAACCAAGAUGGGUAUGAGAGGCUUCAACUGUUAUGGGAGGAGCUCGAGACCUUCAAAUUUGACUUGGCUUGGCUGCAGCCUCAUGUUCAGUCUGUUUUUGGUAUGAAGAACAUGACAGGAAGAGUGGAUAGAAUGAGAGAAGAUGUCAAUAUUUUGGAGAAUGAAAUCAAGAGGCGGAGGGCUAUGCUUGCAGCAGCAGAGGUCGACCUUGAGAGAGCAAAAGAAGAUUUGGUAAGGGCAGAACAAGGGUUUAACAAGAUAGGUGGUGUGGAUUGUGUACUAGGCUAUCCGUUGGCUUAA